AUGUCCGGCCUGAGUGUAUCCACCAUUGACAACGCGAGUAUCUCUUCUCUUUCUCGAGGCGAUGACCAGUCGGUAACAAUGGAGACGGACUCUGCGCCACUCCCAGGUCUCAUGAGUUACGAAGCUCGGAAGAUCAUUCUGGUGGUGAACCUCGCGGUAGUGGGCCAGAUUGUCGGCGUCGUCGGCAUCGCAGGAAAUGUCAUCAACAUCGCGGUCUUCACCCGCCAAGGUUUCUCAGACAGCGUCAACAUCAACUUCCUGGCGCUUGCCGUUGGCGACCUGUGCUCUCUGAUAACACUUCAGUGGUUUAACAUCUGCGUCAACCCGUGGUUCCAAAAACUUGACCUGCCUUUCAGUCCGUUGGAGAUCCAGAGCUUAACAGCCGGCUACCCACAUAACUGUUUCGUGCGUAUUACUGGCUGGAUCACGGCCUUUGUGGCGUUUGAGCGAUGUCUAUGUGUGGUGGUUCCCCUGAAAGUAAAGUCGAUCAUCACCGUUAGGGUUGCUGUUUUCUUCAACGUCAGUGUGUUUGGUCUGUCGUUUCUUAGUAUGCUUCCCGUCUACACCACGGCUUACUACGACUGGAAAUUUUACCCUCAGUAUAACAGAUCUCUUGUCGGCAUUCUAUAUACAAGCAAUAAAAACUCGGUUCUUGGCAUUUCUCUGUUCAUAUCCGAUUUUUUCGGACCUUUAACAGCUUUCGCCAUUGUCAUAGUUUGCACUGGUAUCAUAAGUAUUCAAUUACGUAAGAAAGCAAAAUGGCGGAACGACAUUUCCGGCAAAGCCAUAGUUUCCGGCGAGAUUCCAGGGAAGGAGAAACGAGUGAUCGUCAUGGUGACGACCAUCUCCGUCAUCUUUAUCACAUGCUUCACCCCAAUGACACUGCUGAUGACGGCCAGAGCGAUGGUUCCAGGACUGAGCAUCAUUGGACGUUAUGCCAACCUGAACUGGUCAGUGGUGUCCAUCGGCUUCCUGCUGGAGACGGUCAACUCAAGCGUCAACGUCCUGGUGUACUACACAAUGAGCUCCAAGUACAAAGAGACGGUCAACUCAAUGUUGUCUUGUUGUCGGACUGGCAGAGGUCUAGAAUAA